AAAACGAUCAAGACUUAACAAAUAGAUCAGACGUAAAAGAAAUAGAAAAGAGGGAAGAGAAAAAGACCCUUCUUCUCUACCCGGAAACUCGAGUGAACGUAGUUUCUCGAACUUGGAAUCAUAUCUAGAUGAAUUCGAUACUUAGGCAACUGAUUAUUUCGACAGUGAAGAUGAGUAUUUUGAAACAUAUAGAAACAUUGUUGAGAACAAUAGUAUGUUUCCUUUAGAUGGAAUGAGUCAUUUUUCUGCCACAACGUCUGCGGAAAGCGGGAGAUAUAUUCAAGGAGUGUCACAAUACAAAAACAUGCUAGUUUUCAUGUCGUCCUUACAGAAAUUUGCAAAAUCCAAUGGAUUUACUGUCCAUGAUGUUAUGGCAGAUGGGAACUGUCUUUUCAGAGCCAUUGGUGAUCAACUUUCGGUUAACGGAAUCUUCGACAAUUCUCCUGUUUCACUGCGGAAAAACACUCUAAAGUGCGCUAGAUACGAAGUUUUUAAUUUUAAAUUAGAAUUGAGAAUAUAGUUUAUUUAAAGUCUUGAAUAAUGACAAGAUUUUUAAAAAUUGACAAGUUUCUUCGGGAAAAUCCAUAUCAAGAAGAUGGGUCACAUUCUGAGUCAUUUCUUUUCACCGAAAGUUGGGAGCAAUACUUGUCAAGAAUGGAGCAAAAUACUGAAUGGUGUGAUCAUGUCAUAUUUAAAGCUGCUGUGGACGCCCUUGGUUUACGAGCUGUUGUGUUUAAUGUGUACGGCGACGAUAUCAGGCGCACCGAAGUUCUUUCCAGAAACCCGUCUGAUGGCAACUUAACAGUUUAUCUCGGUCAUUUUGGAGAAUUUCACUAUCUUAGCUUGAGACCUAACAACUGGGAUAAAGAGUGGCAAUGCAAACCAUUGAUGUUCAGACAAGAACUACUCACUAAACAGUUUGAAGGUAUGAAAAAUCAAACUGAUGAGAUAAAGGACUCAAAGGAUUUCCAAAGAAUAUGUGGACUCCAAACAGAGAUGAAAGGUGAUGGAAAUCAACCCGACUUUGAACAUUUCGGAAACAGAGUAUGCCCAGUUUACAGUUUAAAUGACCUUGAUAUAGAGGAAAAUAAAGAAUCGCUAAAUCGUCUAGUAGAGGAUCCAUUUUACGUUGAUGCAAGAACAGGACUUCCACUGCAACAUUUAUCGUAUCUCAUUUACCAUUUGAUUCCUCCUACGAUGAGUUUGUACAAUUCUUUUGAUCUUCCACCGGUUCAAAAGGAUGGGAUGCUGUUUCAGUAUUUAGGAUCAUUUGCAACGGGAAGAAAUAUAUUCAUAAAGGAUAUUACACGAGGAUAUACUAUAAGAAACAAGGUAAAGAAAGAUGCUACUGUCGUUGCUUUACGGCCACUUACAUCUGCGAUUUCAAUCGACACAAAGGACACUCAUCCAGGCUUCCUACGACUAUUCUACAUUCCCAGA